CCCAAUUAAUUACUCGAGUAAAACAAGCUACCUGUUGCAAUUGUUCGUCUGGGCGAACAGGAACAACACGAAUCAACGCAAGACAAAGUGAAUAAGGAUAUUGCCCAAGCUCACAACGUCUACAGCAGCCUCCCACCCUGGGCCACAGAGUAUACGUUUGGGCCACCAUUAUAUCUUAAUCCACUCCAAUCAUCAUUGUUAUAAUGAUCUCACAUCUCUAGUUAAGGUCCACUAGUAAUGGUUGCGUUCCAAUUAUGUUAUGCGGACCACCAACAGCCAAGCUUCAACGCCAAAAUGUUACUGCUACUAAGCGAACUCAUUCAAGAACCCAAUUCUUCUCCAACCAGCCGGACAAGCCGACCAUAUUGAUGAAAAAAGGGAGUUCGCGUCGAUCGGAGGUAGUGUAAGUCCGAUGACACUGUGUGGCAGAACAUGCGCAAGCACAGAGGUUCCGCCACGGAGACCAAAAAUAAGAUUAAUCAAUGUUGUGUUCCUUAGAACACUUUCAGAGAUUAAACUGAAAAGAACAGAUACUACACUUGAUCUAAGCCAAAAGGCAAAGAGAGCUGGAAAAGAAAAGAAAAAAAAGUCUAAAAGUUCGCGGGCGGGAAGGAGUAUUUAUAUUGGCAA